UUCACUGUCCCUACAGUCUCAACAUCGCCGCAUCGCAUCUAAUUAUCACUUCUGUUUUCCCAAGCGUACAUAUUAUUUUUCCUGCUCGCCCUUUAGACCAAGCCGUGACCAUGACGAUGACGGAUGAGGAACUCGACCGCGACUGGCAGCCCAAUGGCCGCCGCCCGCAAUCCACCAUUGCGCAGAUGUUCUCGCAAGAAUUGAUGGACAUCUUCCGCAUUGAAAACAGCGUCACAGACCUGGACGAGCAGGUCGACAAGCGGAAACAACAAAUUGACGCGCAGACAUCCGAACUCGAGGCUCUCGAGGCCCGUAUCCGCGAGAUGGAGAGAAGACUGAAGAUGCAAACCAACCCUGACAACCCCGGCGGCAGCGGCGCGCAGAGCGGCACGCCAGGAGGCCAAUCCCAGGCCCCUCCCGAGAAGGGCUAUUCCGCCGCCGACUUGAGCCGCGCAUGGGAGCAGCGGGACCAUCUGCAGCAGCAGAUCAAGAACGCCAGCAGGCCCGGCACAGCCCAGCAGAACCAGCCUGCCGUCCGGGGAGGACUCCCGCCGACACCUGCAGGAAGCGAAGGUGAAUUCGAGUCUCCCGUCUCCCAUCCCUCCCAACUCGUGCUCCGGCCGCGACGAGCGCGAGCGCAACCGGACCCCGGUGCCGCCGUCCCCUCAUCCUCCCCGUUGAAGGAGGGCGGCGAUUCGGACUCGAUCAAGGCCAUGUCCGAGAGCGCAAGUUGUGCUGACUAUGUGAUUGUCCCCAAGCCAGACGGUGAUCGCGAGCGGGGUGCCUAAGCCUCUCAAACGGCGGACUUUCUCUCUUUCUCUCCCGGUGGGCCGGACUACAGCACAGGAGGCUUACGGUCAAACUCCAUUACAGCGG